AUGGCGUCUUCAGUUCCAGUUUUGACACUAGUAUUUGUGUUGUUCACGACAUUCUACCACCUUGGUGAUGCCAGAUUGAUUAUUGUGGGAGGAACAUUGGAUGGAUGGAAGGUGCCAGAACCAGCCAACAACACUCUCAACCAUUGGGCUGAGUCCGUCAGAUUCAAAGUUGGAGACAUUCUCAUUUUCUACUACGGUGCGAAGAACGAUUCGGUGCUACAAGUGACAAAAGAAAACUACGAAAGCUGCAAAACAGAAAAGCCAUUGAAAGAAUACAAAGAAGGAAACAGCAAAGUGACACUUGAAGUCUCAGGUCCACACUACUUCAUCAGUGGAGCUCCCACCGGUAACUGCGGCAAAGGUGAGAAACUGACCGUCGUGGUUCAGUCUCCUAACCACCAGCCCCAUCCCAAGACCGCACCCGCACCCGGUGCUGCUCCAUCUACUUCUCCAUCUACUUCUCCGGUGGCUCCUGCGCCAGCUCCGAGCAGCGCCGUUGGAUCGGUGGCUGGAAAUGGCUUCUUGUGGGCUCUUGUUGCUGUCAUUGGGCUCGUUUGGGCUUAA